AUGCUAAAGAACCUGCUAAGUUAUUCCCCUGCUGCUACAGUCUCUGAUGUUAGCCACUUCUCCAGAAAACAAGCUCUUGGAGUGUUUUUUUCAGGGGUUGUGAUGACAGGGAGUACUCAACAGGGCUAUGAAGAGAUGGAAAGACAGCUUAAAGAAGUCUUUAAGGAAAGAAGCAACAUUCUUCGCCAGCUGUCAAAGACAUCCAAGGAACUUGAAGGCAUUAAAGUAAACCUCCAGUCUUUGAAAAAUGAUGAGGCGUCUGCUAAAAGUGAUGUAGAGAAACUCCUGGAAUUAGGCCAGAAACAAAGGGAAGAAAUGAAAUCGCUCCAGGAGGCCUUUCAAAAACAGCUUAAUGAGGCUGCUGAGAAGGCAGAAAAACAACAGGCCACAAUUAAUUUUUUGAAGACUGAAAUGGAGAGGAAAAGCAAAAUGAUCAGAGAUCUCCAAAAUGAGAACAAAAGCCUGAAAAAUAAGCUCCUGUCUGGAAGCAAACUUUGCGGCAUUCAUGCAGAAGAGUCAAAAAAGAUCCAAGCCCAACUGAAGGAGCUUCGCUAUGGGAAAAAGGAUUUGAUUUUUAAGGCACAGCAGCUUACAGACUUGGAACAGAAACUAGCAAUUGCUAAAGAAGAACUGGAAAAAGCAGCUCUUGACAAAGAAUCACAGCUUAAAGCUCUGAAGGAGACCGUACAACUCUGCUUGUCUUCAGUUUUGCACAAUCAACCUCCCACUACAAAUCUAAUUCCUCCAAGGCCAGUUGAGAGACAGACUUCUCUGGUUAGAAAUGGUUCAAAAGGUCCAUUUCAAGUGACAAAUUCCAAGCAAAGAGCAACUGCAGACAAAGAGACUCUUCAUGUUUUGUCAAGAAAAGAGGAUAAUAAUCAAAGCACCUGGGAAUGCAAUUCGCAGGAUGUUGGCAAGACUUGUUUAGGCAACAAAAACAAUUCGACCUCCCUUCAGCUAAAAGUGACGGAAACAGACCCCAUUUUGCAGAAGUCACACAGUCCUCCAUGGAUCAAACCAGAAAUGAAAAAGUCAGCAGAGAGAAAAGAAAACAACCCUGAUGAGUUGACCAAAAUCAAGGAAAAGCCUCUGUAA